GCCGACUGUUCACGAAGUGUGUCGCCGCCGGCGGAGCUGCUCACCCCUAUAAACAGGCUUCUCCUAAUGCAGUUUUCCACCCGCUCUUUGUCCGCGACCGGCUGACUGACGACGCGUUUCUUUUUAAGAUGAUGUCGUACACACAUAUGCCUUAUUUAAUUAUUUUGUGUAAUGUCGGCAGGCAGAAACUUGGACUAAACGGCAAAAACCAGCGACGGUAGUAGAGUCUAUAGCAUCCCCGGAGUGUCGGAGGUUUAGCUGUGCUCAGGAAUAACAGGAGUCCAGUGUCCUUGCUUGUGUCAAAGGCAGCACUGGUGUUUAUCAGAGGCUACAACACUUCUCCGUGACAGAAAUGUCUUUUCAUGUAACAGACUGGCAUCGAGGCGCAGAGUAGAUACGGUGAAUGCGGUGAAACUACUCUACAGUCUCCCCUCUCACCCCGCAAUGUUUUGGAUGUUGGGAAGAGACAACGGGCAGUAGGAAUUUUUCUCACAUUUGACAACAUUUUAAAGAGUGUGUUAGUACUUCCACAGAGGCCAGCCAGCCCUGCGUGUUACAUUCCCUCCACGUCCAGUCCCCCCCGUGUAAAAGCUCUUAUGUAACCCUGUGGGAUUCCUUUUUGCAAGACUUCCUGGCCCUGUGCAAGGAAAACACGGCAACACUGGCUGCUAGAGGAGCACCAUGUGCACCGACAGAGGAGGCUGCUGAGGAAAGCACAGGCUGUUCACUUUCCAGCCCUCAAAUGGGAACACACAGAGAGCAGCCUGUAAUACAGGGAGGGAAGGGCUCCCUCCUCUCUGAAAAGACCCAUCGUUAGACUUUUUCAUUUCAGAGCUCUCCCACGUCUCUCCCCCUCUGCUUGGAGACCAACUACCUCAACCUUUAGCCCCCCCAAUGAUGACAUCCCCAGACUCCCCACCACUGGUCUCUCCUUCUCCGUGCCCUGCUCCCCCUCCAUCCCUCCCCUCCUCCCCUGUGCCCUCCUCCCCAGCCCCUUCCACCUCCUCCCUGCCCGCUCCGCCCUCGCUGCCUCCCACGGGGGAGGUGAUGGUGCUGGCUCUGGGCAGGAAGAAGCAGAGGGUGCUGAUCGCUCUCUCCAUCCUGCCCAACCUCUUCCUGGCCUUCCUGCUCUCUUCCGACCCCCUCAUCACCCUCUCCCCGCCCCACCACUGCCACCUGCCGGGGCCCUUACCGUCGCCCGAGCUGCUGAACGCCUCCCUGCCCUGGAAGAAGGGGGAGAGGCCCGGGGACAGCGGGGGCCUGUCCCAGUGUAAGCAGUAUGUCAACAGUAGCCAGUCAGCUGUGGUGGACUGCAUGGUGGGCUGGGACUACAACGUCGUGGAAGGGCUGAGGAACAACAUUGUUACAGAGUGGGAUCUAGUGUGUGGCCAGUACUGGCUGGUCCCAGUGGAGGAGGUGUGUUUCAUCCUGGGCGUCCUGACUGGCUGUCUCGGCCUGGGCUAUUCUGCUGACAGGCUGGGCAGAUCCAAGACUCUGCUGACCUCUCUGACCCUGUCGGUGGUGUUUGGAGUGCUGGUGUGCGUCUCUCCAUACCCCUCCAUCUUCAUCGUCAUGCGUUUCUGUUUGGCAGCUGCUAGUGCGGGAGUCUACCUCACUCUGUACAUCACUCGGCUGGAGCUGUGCGAACCCUCUCUGAGGCUGGUGGGUACCAUGCUGGCCGGGCUCAUGACUGUAGCCGGAGAGCUGCUGCUGCUGGCCGUCGCUCUGGGCUGCCAGUCCUGGAGGGGCCUGCUGGGAGCCGGCGCCGCCCCGUUAACACUCUUUCUCAGUUACGGCAUUCCUGGGGUAUUUCCAGAGUCUCCUCGCUGGCUCCUUCUGUCAGAGAGAUCUUUAGACAUGAACUCCUUCAGUGAGAGAAGAAACUCCAACAGAGAUGUGAGGGACGACGAGAGCUUCACAGAGCUGGACUCAGAGCCGGCCCCCUCCUCGCGCCCCCACCUGUCCUUCCCUGAGCUCUUCCACAGCAGGAACAUCUGGAAGAACAUGUGUGUGCUCGGCUUCACCUCAUUCAUCUCUCAUGGCAUUAGUCACUGUUACAGCUCUUUCCGAGGUGACGUCAGAGGCACUGCCCCCAGCUUCUAUUGGACGUACCUGCUGUCUGUGUGUGCAGGGGGCGGUGCCUGGCUGUUGCUCUGGGCGACCGUAGACAGGUGUGGCCGCCGUGGCAUCCUGCUCCUCUCCAUGACGAUGACGGGGCUGGCCUCUUUGAUCCUUCUGGGACUCAUGGAGUAUCUCAGUGAGACGGCCAUCACAGUUUUCUCAGUGCUGGGUCUCUUCUCCUCCCAGGCCACCGCCUCCCUCUGCAUCCUCUUCACUGCAGAGGUCAUGCCCACCAUCAUCAGGGGCAGUGGUGUCGGCGCAGUUCUCGCCCUGGGCUGCGUGGGCCGCCUCAGCUCCCCGCUCAUGGACCUGAGGAACCACUACGGUUACUUCCUGCACCACGUGGUCUACUCCUCUCUGGCCCUGCUGGCCGUGCUGUCCAUCCUGCUGCUGCCCGAGAGCAAGAGGAAGCCGCUGCCUCAGACUCUGGCCGACGGGGAGCAGUACAGACGCCCCCCGCUGGGCAGGAGAAGGAGGGACAAUGUGCCGCUGCUGGCCACGCCCAACCCAGAGACCUAAAAGACCCCUGAAAGAGUGGGAUGCACUGUGCUCAAAUUACUCACUUCGCAGCCAGAACAUUUACAUCUAUCAUGUUCAUGCAGAGGAGGAGAAAGACAGAGCAAUAUAGAGACUUAAAGACGGAGAGAAAAGGGCUGCAUAGAUGAUCGUGGACAGACAAUGAACAUGAUCAGACACUCUAAGCUUCCUAACAUAUCAUCCUCUUGUCAUUCCAAACACAGGCGGUGGUUGGGUUGAGUUGCCAUUUUUCUUAAUCAAUCUCUAUUUCCUGCCAUUCAGACGUGUGUAGAUCUGACACAGCAAUCACACACACAAAGUCUUCAUCUUUCAUACCAUCUCCUCCUGACAGUGGGCGGUCCCCCACCAUGUGACACACCAGCAUACACUGCUGCACACAGUCCUCCAGUGUGUCUGUCGUAGAGAUGUUAGCUGCUUACUACUGACACUCCAGACUAGGCGUGGCUCAGAGAGUAGUUGCAAAGUAUUCUUAGCAUUUGUCUUAACCUGCAUAGAACGUUUUUUGUCGUGUUUGCUGUGUACGACAACACAAUAAGUUCUCGGAGGUGUGGAAAAUCAAAGUCAGUUUUGUAUACUUUCCUGUGACACUUGUGGUAAAACUCUCCCAUCUGGCACUCCCAACAGGGAUGGGCCACAGUUCUCAGACAUAUGUUGUAAGACUUGAUGGAGUUGUGGGUGUUAAAUGCCUUGUAAAUACUCUAAACUUAGUUUCUUUAACUUCUUGGGGCAUCUGAGUUUUGUUAAAGCAGAGCACUUUUAAAGAUGAUGGUGGUUAAUUCGACCAAAUUCUUCAAAUUUAAGGGACAGUUUCAUGAACGUAAAUCAACUAUUAUCAAUAUUGGGAUCAGAGGCUAAAAACAAGACAAAAAGAGGCCUUCAAAAAGAAAGGUGUUCAACAUGUGUAAAUCCAGUUACUGAAUCUGGCCUGGAGCCAGCAAUAUUUAUGUCUUAUUUAUGUUAUGAAGCAUAAUCAGUAAAUUAUCCGGAGGCCUAGCAUUUUUAAGUACUAAGGUAAAUAUUGUUAAAUUGGGUUGAGAUGACGGAUGACGUCAUGGAAAAAACUUUCAAUUUUUGGAUGUCUCUGAUCAAAUAACAGUGAAGCUGUUAACUGUCACAACAUUCCUGCAUGUUUGGAAGCACUGAAGGGCUUAUUUUUCUCUAUUUCCUCAGAAGCUUAUAGUUACUCAAUACCUCUCUAGAUGACAAGUCUCAGCUGUAAGAGAAUAGCCUGGUAUAAAUAAACUACAGUACAACAGUACAACUUGUAUAACCAGGCACAUAUAUUUUUGUCAGGACUUAAAUGUUUUUGAAAAGGUUUUGAAAGAGGUCAUGUAUUAUUUUACCUGAAUGUGUAUAGAUGCUGGAAAAAGGGCACAAUGACUAUGCUCCAUGAGGUUUGAAUGGGAGCUGAAGAGGGCCCCAGAGCUCCAAAUUAACCCCUGACUCCUCAACCACCCACCAAGGAUGUUUUUUUUUUCUUUAUUUUGAGUGUGCUGGCUGAUGCCAUGUUGCAUAUGACACAAGUGAAAUCAUGAUAGAGAAUUACCAAAGCAUGUCAGUUUCAGUGCAUCAGAAUGUUAGUGUGCUUGGGUAAUUCUUGUUCUCAAGUGUUCGUGGGUGCAUGAGGAAGCAAGAGUUAUUAAAUUUGGACUCUGAUGUUGAGGAAUUAUGAAGGACACUUACCUUUGCUGAUGGCUUCUUCCUCCUUCAGCCUGUUUUUUUUUUGUUCCUCUGUAUGUUUGACUUAUACACUGAUGAUUAUUAUAACUAUGAUUAACUUGACUCGAGUAAUAUUAUGUCUGACAACACUGAUGAUCUAUUCAAUGAUGAGUGUGAUGCAGUUAACUCUAUAGCCUAAUUUAAUGUCAAAUAAACCAGUUUAAAUAAA